UUGCUGUCAUUCUUUCUCGUAUCUGUCAUCUAACUAUCUCAAGCCCGUUCAUGCUUUUACAUUUCUAGCAAUCUGUUCCACUGCUUCUCUACUAUUUUAGGGUUUUCUUAGCUUCACUUUCUCCACUAUGGCUGGAAUCCGAUGGCCCCCGGAAGGUGCCAAAAUUUCCCACGCGCGAGUUCCGAGCACAGUCGAUCUCAUUUCUGAUGAUGACCGCUCUGUUGCUGCCGAUUCUUGGUCCAUAAAGAGCGAUUACGGAAGCACUCUGGACGAUGAGCAGCGACACGUCGAUGCAUCUGAUGCACUUUCCACCGGCACCUUCCGUGCAGCAUCCGAUUACAGUUCUGACAAGGAAGAACCAGAUGCUGAAGUGGAGCCAUCAUUGUUGGGUCUGCAGAGCUAUUGGGAUGCCACAUAUGCAGAUGAACUGGCGAAUUUUCAUGAACAUGGCCAUGCUGGUGAAAUCUGGUUUGGAGCCGAAGUCAUGGACGUUGUUGCAUCUUGGACCAAAAACUUGUGUAUAGACAUUGCUCAAGGUCGCGUGCACAAUCUUGUUAAUGAGGUUGGAUCAGAGUCAGUUGAACAAGGCACCAAAGAUUUGUCUGGCUGGAGUAUACUCGAUGUUGGAAGUGGGAAUGGUUUGCUUCUUCAAGAACUUGCAAAGCAAGGGUUCUCUGAUCUGACUGGAACUGAUUAUAGUGAGGGAGCAAUUGACCUUGCUCGAAGCCUUGCUGAUCGGGGCGGAUUCACUAGUAUAAACUUUUUGGUUGAUGAUGCCCUUGAGACAAAAAUGGAGAGGCAGUUCCAACUUGUUUUGGAUAAGGGGACAUUAGAUGCUAUUGGAUUGCAUCCUGAUGGCCCUAUCAAAAGGAUGAUGUAUUGGGAUUCAGUCUCAAGAUUGGUUGCACCUGGUGGAAUAUUGGUGAUUACAUCCUGUAACAGUACAAAAGAUGAGUUGGUGCAUGAGGUGGACAAUUUCAACCAGAGAAGGCUAGCAUCCUCCCAGGACCCUGAAAUCCACAAGGACCAAGAAGCGUGCAGGGAUCUUACUUUCCAAUAUGUCAACCAUGUUCAGUCAUAUCCAACAUUCAUGUUAGAAGGAUCAGAAGGGUCGAGUGUUGCUACUGUUGCAUUUCUAUUUAAUUGAAAAAAACUUCCUUCCGUGGAGGAGCAGGCUGCUGGCGCUAACCGAAGUGUGUUGUCUAGUUAAAUUGGCUUCGGGUGUUCUCUGUUUGCAAGGGAAGGGCUGUUGUUGGUUGUUGAUGUGAGGUAACAGUUAUACUGCUCAAAAUUGUCGCCGCAAUGACCAAAAAAAGUGGAAAUUACUGACCUUUAGAAUAGUUAAACGUCAUUUCUGUUGAGCUUCUAGUUUCUUAGAAAAUACUGUUUAACCUUGGAAAAGUAGAUGGAGGAAAAGUUUCGGCUGUAUCUGUUAUGGAAUUGUUCUGUUCAUAUGAAUGUCAAGUAGUGGACUUGGUACAAUAGCUGAAAAAUGUAUAUCAAUUCUUCCUCCUGAGUUUCAU